AGGGAAUGUCGCAGAAUUUAUGUUUUCAAAUAUUAUUUAUUGUUAAAAAUGUGUAAAUUAUAUAAUUAUUUAUUUCACUAUAUAAAGUGCAGCGUACAGUGAUCUGUCUUCAAUAAAAAAAUAACGUUAUGUAAUACAAUCAUAUGAUCAGUAUUUUGUUUUUGCAAGAUGUCUUCACGAUACCGUAUUUUACGAACGGUGUUAUCUCGAGUACGAGCAAGUUACAGAAAUAUAGAUACAAUUAACAUACACAAAAUACCUCCGAAAUCUGUGGCCUUACCUUGCACACUUGGUUUCUCGAUAUUUACGUGGCUCGGAAUUGAAAAAAAACUGACUCCAGAAGAUGAGCUCAUUGACGUUAUAAAACACUGUGUUCUUUUCAUUCAAAGAACUGAAUAUGACAAGGCUGAACAGCUUCUUCAUGUAGCAUUAAGACAGGCACAGCAAAUUCAACAUGAAUUGGGAAUAACUUAUGUCUAUGACGUUAUGGCUAACUUGGCUUUAGAAAGACAGCAACUAGAUAAAGCGCAAAAGCUAUUCGUAGCAGUAUCUCAAAGGUUAAUGGCUGAUGGUGCAGCGGAAGACGACUCACGUGUAGUACACAUAAGCAUAAAACUAGCUAGGAUUUGUCACUUGAAAAAGGACUUUGCUACUGCACAGUUAGGUUAUACUUGGUGCUUAGAAAAGUUAAACAAUUUGUUAUCCUCAGAACCUAGUGAAGUCACCACCAAGUUACUAGCUAUGGCUGAAGACUGGUAUGGAAGACUCUUUGUAGAUUGUGGUAACUAUGAAGAGGGAUUAGAUCACAUGAUACAAUCACUGAACAGAAUGAAAGAUUUACCUGAUGUUGAGGAUGAACAUAUUGUCAUACAGCUCAAUGACAUUGGAACUGUAUAUGAUCGUAUGGGGAAAUCUGAUGACAGUAUAACUUAUUUCAAGGAAGCUAUAGAAAAGGGCCGGAAAUUGGAUAUGGAUGAAAUAGGCACUAUGCAUGUGAACCUUGGGAGAGCUUAUUUGAAAAAGAAGUUGGUAGAUGAGGCUAGAAAACAAUGCGGCUAUGCAUGGAGACUAGGGGUCCUUAAAAAUAGCAAUAUCAUCAAAGAUGAGGCUGAAGAUUGUCUUAAAGAAAUAAAGGAAAUAAAGUUGACAGUUUAGAUACAAUACACUUUUUUUAUUUCACCUUGUUUCUCUUACAAACUAUUGUUAGAAACCUAAUAUUUUGAGCAGAGAAGUGUUCAAAUUAUUAGUGUGUGUAGUCCUUAGACAUAAUAACCUUCAAACUUAUAAGUUAACAAAAUGCAUUGGAAAAGAGUGUUUUUAAAUCUAGU